ACUGCCCAUAAUGCACUAAUGAAAACAAUAUGGCUGAUUAUCUGUAUUCAACACUUCCUUAUUUGUCUUUUGGAAUGUAACUUUAUGUAGUCUAGAUCUAUGCUUUUUGAAAUUGAUCUUUUAUAGUUUUAAGGAUAUUUUGCAAACAUAACUACUUUAAAGCCAACGUUUAGCGCCUGCUGCGCUGUUGGAGAGAUGGGAGCCAAUGCUUCCCAGCUAGAGAAAGAGAUUGGCUCUGAACAGUUUCCUAGCAAUGAACACUACUUUGGUUUGGUGAAUUUUGGCAACACCUGCUACUGUAAUUCAGUAUUGCAGGCACUCUACUUUUGCAGACCAUUUCGUGAGAAAGUGCUACAGUAUAAACACCAAGUCAAAAGCUUGAAGAAAGAAACACUUUUGACUUGCUUGGCAGAUCUUUUUUAUAGUGUGGCCACACAGAAGAAGAAAGUUGGCACAUUGGCUCCAAAAAAGUUUAUCACAAGAUUAAGAAAAGAAAAUGAAUUAUUUGACAACUAUAUGCAACAGGAUGCUCAUGAAUUUUUAAACUAUUUGCUCAACACUGUUGCAGAUUUACUAACAGCUGAAAAAAAAGGUUCUCAGAAAACAGCUGACACUAAUUGUAACCUGAAACCAGAUCCAACGUGGGUGCAUGAAAUAUUUCAAGGGACACUGACCAAUGAAACAAGAUGUCUCAAUUGUGAAACGGUCAGUAGCAAAGAUGAAGACUUCCUUGAUUUGAGUGUGGAUGUUGAACAGAAUACUUCCAUCACUCACUGUUUACGAGGUUUUAGUAACACAGAGACUCUCUGUUCUGAACACAAAUAUUAUUGUGAAGUAUGUUGCAGCAAACAGGAGGCGCAGAAACGGAUGAGAGUGAAGAAAUUGCCACAAAUUUUAGCCCUACAUUUGAAACGCUUUAAGUAUAUGGAGCACUUAAAUAGAUACAUCAAAGUUUCCUACAGAGUUGUUUUUCCACUUGAGCUUCGCCUUUUUAACACUUCUGAUGAUGCCUUCAAUCCUGAGAGACUUUAUGAUCUUGUGGCUGUUGUUGUGCACUGUGGGUCAGGCCCUAACAGGGGUCACUAUAUCAGUAUAGUCAAGAGCCAUGGCUUCUGGUUGUUGUUUGAUGAUGACAUUGUUGAUAAAAUUGAUGCCAGCCAGAUAGAAGAAUUUUAUGGAGUUCCAUCUGACAUGCACAAGACUUCCUCUGAGUCUGGUUACAUUCUGUUUUAUCAAUCACGAGAUGAAAUGAAGUGAAUUUAAAAAAAAUGUGUAUUCACUUUAAAUUAAUUGUGAUCAAUGAAAACAACCUUUCUUGUACAUACAAUUUAGAAUUAAAACUAGCAAAAAUAAAACAAACAAGCAGAUAAUGAUGCUUAUACAUAGAUAUUACAUUUGUAAAGUUACUAUGAAAUGUAAAUGUGCCAUUUCUUGUGUAUUGUGUGCAUGUGCCAUUGUUGGUGUUGUGUUCAAGAGAGUAUUUAUUUCAAGACUCAGACAGACUCUGGAGCCCUGUGAUAUUCUCUGCUAGUAAUUGUAAUAUUUUCAUAACAAAUGUGUGAGUGUUGUAGAGUGACUGUUAUUUCAAAUGCUUUUCCCUAUUUGUACAUAGUAUUUAAAAGUGCAAGUUUACAUGAAAUUAUUGCCAACUUUAGUUCAGUUUGUAUUUCAAGUAUAAAGCCCCAUUCAUUGGUAUACUAGUGCCAAUGCAGCUUCCUUUACUUUCUAAAAAAAAGUCUUAGCAAAUGGUGUUUUUCUCAUGGGAAUGUAGUUAUAGACACAAAAAUAGAAUUCCUAGACCAAGAAAUUUUGCACUAACUAUAUUCAGAGAUAUAGACUUGAGUUGAACAGUAAAAAUAUAGAAUUAUCUUUGCCCAGAAAUUAAGAUAAAAAAUAGCAAACACAUAUGUGCUAUUUAGACUCAUCAAUAUCAAAUCAUGUUGGUAGUCCAACUUUCAAAUCUACAUUAAGGAAGAAGGUGGUACCGUUCGCGAUAUAAGUUUAGCAGGAAAGAAUUUACUUCAAGUCAUUGAAAUGAGGUUUAAAAAUGGUAUUAACAAAUCUGUUUCUAAAAUUGUAUAAUUAUGUAAAAAAAAUUUAUUAAGUCUAGGCAGUAUGUUUGGACAAAUAUAAAAUAGAAUAAAAAAAGAAGUAGUUGUCAAUGUUUCUUAUGAAAUAUCUACAUAAAACUCCAUUGAAAAUAAAUUUAAAUACUGGUAAAUUUUAAAAGUCAGAUUUUGACAUAAACCUGAUAUAAAUAUGAUUUUCUCAUAUUAACGCUUGUUGCUAGCAAUUGAGUAAUUUAUCCUCACUUUUCAUUUUUUUAAAAGUUCAGUGUCAACUUUUAAGAUAAAACUUUAAGGAAACAACCUGUGACAAUUGUUGUUUACAAUUCAAAUAAUUACUUGAUUUUGAAUACCAGUUCAAAUGUCAAUUCAGUAGGUUUGACUUUGACCUAUUUUUUUUUUUUAAUUUGCACCUAUUUUCCAUUAUGUUUGAUGGACAGUACUCACCUUCCCAGAGUGUGAAUGUACAUCUCGGAUACUGUCUCACACUUUAACUUGUAUGUAUGUUUGUAAUAAAUCAUUUGAGUUUCUGGUAAUUGUAAAUACUUCUUGUUGACACCAAAUGAUUUGAACAAUGUGCACUCUUGUUAUGUAAAUAAACUCUAUUCUAGAAACCAA